CUCACGUAAGGUAACGAGUACGUGUCCGGUAAAGUGGAUAAUAGAAGAGCAAACGUAACGACAAGUGACUCGAUGCGACGAUCGAUGAACAGAUGACGAGUAUCAACGACAAAUCGAUGUCGCAGCGGCUUGAAACAAGAACCAUUGAAAAGGGAAAAUUGUCGCGCUUCCGAUGAACGUGAACUUCGCGUUGCGAUGACACGACGAAUCGCCGUGUAUCCCAUUGAUCCGCGCUCAGAACCGUGAUUAGUCUCGUCUUUCCGAUCGAUUAGUACUCGUGUAAUUAGUGAAGUAACGAAUAAGUGUCCGGUAAAGUGAAUAAUAGGCGGACAAGCAUAAUGACAAGUGAUUGGCUCGAUGCGACAACCGAUGAACGACGGUCAGUAAAACAGAAUCCUGAACCAUCACCGUUCCCACGGAACACACAUUCGGGAAAACCGCUUGCAACGUGUGCUGCGCCAACUUUGGUGAUGGCGAACGAGAGAAGCGACAUCAAGAUUUGGCCCGCGGCCGCCCGAGUGCGAUUCUCCAAAGAUGCAAUAUCAGUGGAUACCGUAUUUCGUCUGCCUGUCGCGCGAAAGGGAGAAGGACUUCCUACCGCGGAGAUUCGUUCCGUUACUCGUGUGUGUCUCGCUUCAACCCCCGAUCGUAAGAACUACCCCGUGGCGAGGUGACGCCUAGCGGCGAAAUAAGGAACGACGGAACGAACGAGUGGAGAAAAGGUCGGAGCAAUGGACGCGCGCGAAAAACGAUCUCGAGCUGUCUUGAAAAAUCAUCCCUCCGCGCACGGCACGAAUCACCAUCGUCGCCACUAACGCUGGCCGUUCGUUACGCGCCGCAACAAGUCCCGCGGGUGUGCGCGCCAACUUUUAUCUCGGGCUCCGGCUGCGACUUCCUCGCGGAAGUUUCCGCGGAGCGGAUUUCGAAAAGGCUACUACGCAAAGUCCGCAAUACCCGCGGAGACGAACUUUUCGGUUGGAGCCGUGCAUACGGCCACGCUGAACGUGUACACAGGAGACACAUGCGGAGAACGAGGAGGAGAAAGAAGAGAAGUAGGAGGAGAAGGAGGAGGACGCACGUACAUUCGCACACGAGGAGGCGAAGGGUGCACGUAUUCGAGCACACGCGCGCCAGAUGCAACGGCGCCGUCUUUAUAUCUCCGCAGGGCUGAUGCGCCGAAAUUAUGUGUGGACCUCUGCCAUGUUAAUUAGUCGAGAACAGCUUCGCGAGGCCGAAGUCACUUCCGAAAGUCGUGUCUUCUUUUAUUUCGGGACACGAGAGGAUUAAAAUUAGGAUUUAGAACCGCGAUCUUCAAUGUUCCUUCUCGAGGUUACCGAUCUUCCUUUCCCCUUCCUUCUCCCUGCAGCAAUGUUUAAGUAGAAGAGAGUGACUCGCUUAAAUCAUACCUCAUUAGUCGUGCUUGAUUUUUUAAAUGUUUGUAGCACAUGCAAAACAAGAUGUAAUCUGCAAUCUUUUUAUAUUUCUCAUUUUUAUCCCGUUAGAUGUCGAUCAUAUUUAAUAACAGAAAAUGACGAAAUACGAUUUAAGAGAAUGGUACGGUUUUGGCAACUCUUCUCUAAUAACAAUGAUUAAACGAUCCAAGUAGGACUUAUGUCGGGCGUACAGUUGAACGCCACGGAAUGGUCUAAUUGUAAUCUCAAUUCGUCACGAUUGACUUCGCGUCCCCAAACAGAAAGAUCCGAAAUAACUCGAGCAACUCAUCCUUGCCCAUGCUGGAAGACGCCACUGGCUAUGCCCGAGGCAGCCCGUGCGGGGGUAGGAAGCGCUCACGUUUGUUUCUAGUCUCGUCUCGUCUACCCUCGCACUCCUACGCGCACCCGGCUACGGCAGCCGGCUAAUCCCGCCGAGAUUAAGAUAACCCCGAAAAAUGUUCAGCUAAGUCGCCAACUUCGCCCGCGAGGCGCGCUUAAAACGUGAGAAUCCCGGCCCCAGGGCCGGGGUGAUGGCGGCGGCGGUGUCGUCGUCGUCGUCGUCGUCGUCUCCGGUGAACCGGAGUAUCCUACGUACUACCCGGGAAUAUCCCUCCUUAACCGGCUUGGAUACGCGCCCGUAGAUUAGCCGCUUUUCAUCGCGACGGGUGGAAUUUACAUUCGCCGCUCCGUCCGGCUUCGUCCGGGAUGUAGUAGCAUCGACGCGUGUUUACGUUCGCGCGCCUGAUCGAUAUUCUCCGCCUGCGGCCUGCGACGUCGUUACUUCUUUGGGAAACGCGCGCAUCGACUCGUGAAACGGCGUCGCUCGACGCGACAUUACGCCGAAGGCAUUCGCCGUUGUUAAUUAUGGAUACUAUUAAUUAUGUAUUGCGCGGACGUUGCGCGCGAUCGUCCGGAUGUGCACGACUUCGUCGUUUCUCUCUUUUUCUUCCCCCCUCCCUCUCUCUCUCUCUCUCUCUCUCUCUCUCUCUCUCGCAAAAA